AUGUGGGACACAAAUCAUUAUAUUGUCGCUGCCAAUGAUACUGAUAUUGAAAUACAUACAAGAAAUAUACCUGAAGAAAAAGCUGGUGCAGAGAUCCAAACAGGUAUACAAAAUUUUGUUCGUGAUCCAGCUAAUGGUAUAUUUUUCGGAGAAAUUUUUAAUGUAUCAGAUACAAUUAAUAUCUAUCGAAGAAUGUGCGAAGAAGAAGUUAAAAAAGUUCUCAACAAUAAUGCUUUGAUUAAUGAUUAUGCACAUAAACAUAAAUUAGUUACUGGAAGUUUAAACAAAGCUUUAGAAUUUCAAAAUAAAGGUGUAUCAGAACCGAUUCAAAAAAUAGAACGAAUUGUUUAA